UGUUAAACCUUAAAGGAAGCACAAUGAACGCCUAUUUAAACUUACAGUAUAUUUUGGUUUUAACGGCAACAUUUAAUAACCUCGAGUGUGAGGUGGUCUCAACUACCGAACACCCCUCUGAAACCUCCCGAUCAGACAUACUGUUAAACAUAACCCGACGCUUGGACAUCCUUGAGUCACAGAAUGUUAAAAUUAUGGCCAUUCUGAACACCCAGCCACAGAAAAAUGCUGACCCCCAUCAAUCCACAGCCGAUUAUCCAACCGACUGUCAGGACGUAAAAUCACGAGGACAUGGCGACUCAGGGGUGUACACCAUCCAAACAAAAAUCUGGCCGCAGCCCUUUGCUGUUUUCUGCGACAUGGACACUAGAGGAGGAGGGUGGACGUACUUCUUGCACAGGUUCGAUGGUUCUAGGGACUUUUAUUUGAAGUGGAACGACUACAAAAUUGGGUUCGGUAGUCUAGUGGGAGAGCACUGGUUGGGACUGGAGUACUUGCAUCAAAUCACUGCUUCCGGGGAUUACGAAAUGUUGGUGAAAAUGGCUGACUGGGACAACAAGGUUGUUUAUGCUCACUAUAAGGUUUUCGUUGUGGGUUCGGAAAACGAAGGGUACGUUUUAAAAGCGGUGAGUGGGUACAGUGGAGACGCUGGCGAUUCCAUGUAUUGGUAUUCUGGGAUGAAGUUUACCACGCAAGAUAAGGACCAAGAUAUGCGAAAUAAUAGUAACUGUGCAAUCGAUGAACAUGGAGCUUGGUGGUAUAACCAGUGUACCCGAAGUAACCCCACGGCGAUGUAUUUGAAGAAAGCCAGAGAUUCAGGGAUUAGGUGGAAAAUUAUGUACUGGGGAACGUUCAGGGACAGCGAUUAUAGUCUGAAGAGGAUGACAAUGAUGGUUAGACCUCGACGAGACAAAAAUCUUGAAGUGUGACUUUUAACCGAUGAAAUGAAUAAAAUUUGACGUUCUAA